AUGAGCCAUGCUUUUGCGGGAACUGGCGAGCGCUCAGCUUCUAUUUUUCUUCUUCUAUUUUGCAGUGUCAACUGCCUCCAGCAUUCCACUGUCUACAGUGGAAACUUUAUGUUUGUUCAAGCAAGGGAUGCUGAGCCCGACCAGCGUACUCCGUACUCCGUACGAUGUCCGAAUGGUCUAGAUGUUCAACAAAUUUCCAAAUAUAGUAAGUUCUUUAUCGAACAUCAAACGAUGGCCAACAGCCUCAAGCCUGAAUUCUCUUUGGUGCAGUCUCGGAAACUGCUGGAAAAUCAGCACAAGACAUUGUCGUCAAUCGAUUUA